AUUUUGGGGAAAGCAGCCAUCUUGGUUCACCGGCGAAGUGAAAAGUUGAGUGUUUGAGAUAUUCAAGCCGCAAAAAACACCAUGCCUGACCAUCUGGGGAACGACAUGCGGAAAGUGAAGAAAGGUGAAAAGGAGGAGGAAGAUAAACCGAUUCAAUCACUUGAUGAGGGAGAUAUCGCACUCUUGAAGACCUAUGGUGUAGGACCAUAUGCCAAAUCAAUCAAGCAAGUGGAAGAUGACAUCAGUAAUAUUACUAAAAAGGUCAAUGAACUCACAGGAAUCAAAGAAUCUGAUACUGGUCUAGCCAAUCCGGCACUAUGGGAUUUGGCCGCGGAUAAACAGACGUUACAAAGUGAACAACCGCUACAAGUAGCAAGAUGCACCAAGAUUAUCAACGCCGACUCAGAGGACGCAAAGUACAUCAUUAACGUCAAACAGUUCGCAAAGUUUGUUGUAGAUUUACAUGACCAAGUUGCUCCUACAGAUAUUGAAGAAGGAAUGAGAGUUGGAGUUGACCGAAAUAAAUAUCAGAUACACAUACCAUUACCACCUAAAAUAGAUCCAACUGUUACCAUGAUGCAGGUUGAAGAGAAACCAGAUGUGACGUACAGUGACGUAGGUGGAUGCAAAGAACAGAUAGAUAAACUCAGAGAGGUUGUGGAAACUCCACUUCUACAUCCGGAGAGGUUUGUUAACCUGGGUAUUGAACCUCCUAAAGGUGUGUUAUUAUUUGGACCACCUGGUACCGGUAAAACACUAUGUGCUAGAGCCGUGGCGAAUCGUACUGAUGCUUGCUUCAUACGUGUCAUUGGAUCUGAACUAGUACAGAAGUAUGUAGGAGAGGGUGCUAGAAUGGUACGGGAAUUAUUUGAAAUGGCAAGGAGUAAGAAAGCUUGCCUUAUCUUUUUUGAUGAAAUUGAUGCCAUAGGAGGUGCUCGUUUUGAUGAUGGCGCUGGCGGCGACAAUGAAGUACAGCGUACUAUGUUAGAAUUAAUUAACCAAUUAGAUGGCUUUGAUCCCCGUGGUAAUAUCAAAGUAUUAAUGGCAACAAACAGACCAGAUACAUUGGAUCCAGCACUUAUGAGGCCUGGACGACUAGACAGAAAAGUCGAGUUUGGACUUCCUGAUUUGGAGGGUCGUACACAUAUUUUUAAAAUCCAUGCAAGAUCAAUGAGUGUGGAAAGAGACAUUAGGUUUGAAUUGUUAGCAAGAUUAUGUCCAAAUAGUACUGGUGCUGAAAUCCGCAGUGUAUGUACAGAGUCUGGUAUGUUUGCAAUUAGAGCCAGAAGAAAAGUUGCUACAGAAAAAGAUUUCUUAGAAGCUGUUAAUAAAGUGAUCAAGUCAUAUGCUAAGUUCAGUGCCACUCCACGAUAUAUGACCUACAACUAAAACACAAUUUCUGUAAACCUUAUAUUUUCCACCAGCAAAAUUUUCAUGGUUAGAUGAAUUGAAAGUCUGUGACUUAACAUCUUAAAAAUUCCCACGCUGCCAUUAAACUUUGUCUCAUGAAAUUAAGGCAGUUUACAGUCUUUUGUUCUAGAUGAACACGUCUAUGAAUUCUCUGUACUGAAUAGCAUGGGUAUUUUCAGCCCAUGUGUGAAGCUGUAAAUGAAAACAUGUUUGUUUGUAACUUUAGAUUUCAAUAAAUUAUAUCUCGG